UAUUUCUGUCUCUGGCUGAGUCAGAUGGACUGCUCCCAACUUAGAAUGACACAAACAGGCAGACCAACUCUUCCGAAAUCACAGUGGCUGAAACAUCAAGAGGACUCUAAAAUCCACAGAAAAACAACAUUGGAGACUGCAAAGGGGAGAGCUGUAACUUAUUACCAAGAUGGAGGAAUGUGAGAGUCUGGACUCUGAGAUGACGGAGCUGCAGGAGUUUCAGAGUGAGGCUUCAGAGGCCAUCAGCCAGGACGAUGAAGACGAGGUGGAGGAACUGCAAAACAGUCUGCGAGAGGUUGUCCAGGACCAGUCCGUGAAGCCCAAAUUCCAGUGCCUGAUGGUGGAUCCGUCAUUCUCUAUGGUAACUGUUCAGAGUGAGGACAGUGGUAUUGUUUGGGAGACAGCCUCUAGCCGCUGCUCUACUCCCUGGGCCUCUGAGACCAGCUCCAUCUCUGAAGCCUACAGCAUGGAGGGCUCUGGAGCCGCAGGAAAGAUCACCAUCGUCUUCGAUGAGGAGAAAAUAGUCCGCAGGAGGACGAGGUCUGGAGGAAGGAGCAGCAGGCUGGGGGACAGGCUGAGCCGACCUGGUAGUUCAAGAUCAGCUUCAGCCCUUGGAGUGGAGAGACCGGAGAUGGCAGAGGUUUCCCUCCCCAAUGUUAAACAGGAGAAAACCGAAACAGAGCCAGACUUGGAGGAAAUCAAAAAUAAAGAUCAGCAGCUGUUUAGUUUGAUUUCAGAGGGUUAUGAGAUUCUCAACAUCAGAGUCCCCUCCAAACUUCCCACUGUGGAUGAGGAAGAGAGCACAGAGUUGCAGGACAAUUUGUCUUAUUUGGACGAGACUCCAAAGAUCAGGUCCCGAAACCACCAUGACUGGACACAGCAACAAAACCAUACCCUGCCAGAGGAGGGGGAAAUGAUGCAUCACCAAGAGCCCUUAAAGCAAGACUCUGCUGACACAGAGCUCAGACACACUCAGAAGGAGAGCACCGGCGACAUAGACUACUUUGAGAAGUUUACUCUGGUUGAUGUGGUGACUCCUGGAGAAGAAGCUCCAGAGCUGCAGGAGGAGGCAGAACAGCCUGCAGCGAAGCCCCAAGUGGAGGAGCAAAAGCCGGCUAAGGAGACAGCCACAGACAGCCCGUCUGCAUCAGAGGACUCCUUUGUCUUUGUUACAGAUGUGGAGAUAGUUGGGGAACGCUUGGAUGAGGUCUUCUACGGAGAAGGAGCUCCUGCUGAGGCACUGCCGAGGAGAGAAGACAAUGAGGCGGAGAGUGCAAUGAGAAGGAGACGAGAGAGCCAGAGAUCUGGGAAGGAGAAUGGCUCAGCGUUAUUUGGGAGUGAAGAGACCACUCUCACGCCCAUUUAUAUAUCCUCUGGACCCCCUAAGAUCAUUGACCUCAUCCUGCUGGAAGAGCCCACCGCCAUGUCCUUUAUGUAUUCAGACCUUUACGAAGACGCUGUAGGCGAGAGGACGAAGAGCGACGGGGAACACUCCGAGGCAGAGAGCGUGGCAUCUGAGAAGACCUAUAGGAGACGUUUGUCAGAUUCCGAGGAGGCUGACGGGUACCUGGAGAAGUUUAUUUUGAAGGAUGAAACUCCCACAGUGGAGGAUCAACCAGAAUCACUAGAGGAUAAGAGGGAGGGGAGGAUGAUGUGGUCGCAGUCUGAGUUUGACACAACAGGAUGUCUAACAAGACUGGACAGAGAAGAAGACAAGGACAAGACAAAGACAGAGGAAACAACGACUCAGGAAGUCAGUGUUGGAGAUAACAGCGACGACUUACAAUCAGCAACAUUCGAAGAGAAAAGAGUAAUAGUUACAGAGACAGAAAAGGAGAGGGAGGAAAUACAACUUUCCAUGGGGACUGAAGAGCAGACUGUCAGAGAAGCCUCGGAAGAAUCAGUUCAUGAGUCUAAACUGGAAGAGGAUCAGAUGGAGGAUCUGGAGGUGACACGUGAGGUAAAGCGAGACCAGACUGAGCCUCCUGAGAGCAGCACUGAUGAACCACUUCCAGAAACUCAGCAGGUGGACAGUAAAGUAGAGAAAACAGAGCAGAGUGAAGAACAUCAGAGAGAAGUGCCAGCAGAAACAACUAGCAUGAUUGAAACUGAGCAGCCAUGUCAGAGACAAAAAGUGGUAGAAAAAACAGCUCAGGUGGUUGUAAAUGCUGCAGAGGAGACAGCCGUGGUAACACCUGUAAGAAGCGAGGCGCCUCCCAUCAUCACUGAGAAGACUUUCUCUAAGGAGGCAGCUGCUGACACUGAGAUGGUGGCUGCUGAUGAGAAAGUAGUUACUGAGGCCAUAGCAAAGGCCCCGGCUGAAGCGAAAGAUCUUGAGACUGAAAGACAGGAAACUGUUACCUCUACUGAACAAGCGGAAACAACUAGCAUUAUUGAAACUGAACAAUCAUGUCAGACACAAAAAGCAGUAGAAAAAACAGCUCAGGUGGUUGUAAAUGCUGCAGAGGAGACAGCUGUGGUAACACCUGUAAGCAGCGAGGCGCCUCCCAUCAUCACUGAGAAGAGUUUGUCUGAGGAGGCAGCUGCUGACACUGAGAUGGUGGCUGCUGAUGAGAAAGUAGUUACUGAGGCCAUAGCAAAGGCCCCGGCUGAAGUGAAAGAACCUGAGACUGAUAGACAGGAAAUUGUUACCUCUACUGAAUCAGCGGAAACAACUAGCAUUAUUGAAACUGAGCAGCCAUGUCAGACACAAAAAGUGGUAGAAAAAAACACUCAGGUGGCUGUAAAUGCUGCAGAGGAGACAGCCGUGGUAACACCUGUAAGCAGCGAGGCGCCUCCCAUCAUCACUGAGAAGAGUUUGUCUGAGGAGGCAGCUGCUGACACUGAGAUGGUGGCUGUUGAUGAGAAAGUAGUUACUGAGGCCAUAGCAAAGGCCCCGGCUGAAGUGAAAGAACCUGAGAUUGAUAGACAGGAAAUGCUCACCUCUACUGAAAUAGAGUCAUCUGCCGAAACAACACUAAAAGAAGCAUUGGAAGUUGUUCCUGAAGAUGUUGCACCUGUUGAGGUCACCACUGACUGUGAUUCUGCAGUACAGGCAUUAGUGGAGGUCACUGAAAAAGCCGCGGAUGAAAGAGAGAUCCAAACUCAAGUUCAGAUUGAUCUUCGGGAAGUUACAAGUGUUGAGACAACGGAUGUUCACACAGCUGAAGGAGAGGAGGAACAAGAGGCUCUGGCAGAGGAAAGUACAGUUGAGAGCCAGCCGUCUGAAUUUAUUACUGAAGCUGAUCAGGAGUCAGAUGUUAAAGCUGGGAUCUCAAAUGAAGUAACUGAACCGGUGUUGCCAGAAGAAGUGAAGACAGAUUCAGAUAAGAAACAGCUUAAAAUUCUUGAAUCCAAGCAGCAUCAAAAAGAGGAGUCAGUAACUGACAAUGAGCUGAUAACUGAAGCCAAAGAUAAAAACCCCACGGAGGACACUGUUGCUCAGGGGAUGGUGAAUGUGGGUGAUGAGUUCAUCCUCCUUGUCCCCAAAGGACAAGCUGUAGAGAUGGACAUAGCAAUCAGUCAGUCGUCAGAGAAGACUACAGGUGAUACAGUAGCUCUCUCUGAACCUGACAGCACAUGUGAACAUCUCAUAGCACCUGAAACCACCACAACAUGCCCAGACACUCUUCAGGCCCCAAAUGUAGAAACAAUGACAGAGCCUCAACUGGAAAUAAAACCUGACAUUGUUUUAAAUGAAGACGCACUACCCAGAAACGAGUUAGACAGGAGGUACUCUCCUCCAGCUCAUGUGGAGGAGGCCAACACAGAGGAGCAGAGGAUGGACUGGGACUUUGAAGAAGACGAGGGCAACCUUUCCCCUCUGAGGAGCUGUACUCCCCAGGAGGAUUUGUCCGGGCUACAAAGAGAGAAUACAAAGUCAGGAACAGCAGAUGUAGAACAAAAGGCAGACAUUCACAAGGUGGAAGAUGCCCCAGAAACAAGCAUUGUUACAGAGGAUUUCAGUCCAGAGAUUGAUCUGCACAGAGAAGAUGUAGAAGAAAAGAUAGAGCAAGAUGAGGCAGUUGCAGAGGCUCCAGAGGUGAUUGCUGAGGAGCUUGAAUACGAGAUAAUAUCUAAACAGGAUGCAAAAGAUAUGCCAGAACCUGAAACACAAAGAGAUGCAGAGGAACCAAAACCUGAGUCUGGUCAGGAGAGAGAAGAGAGGAUGGAGGUGGAGACGGAGGAGAAAGUCUUGGAUCUGCCCCCAGAAGAAGAACUCAUUGAGGCUGACUAUGAAAUCAUCGAUGCAGAGGAGCAGAGUCAGGCCCGACUGGCUGCUGAGCUGCAGGGGAUGGACUGGUUCUGUAUCACCUGUGGAUGUCUGCUGGCCGAGGAUGACUAUGUGUCUGGAGAGCAUCACGGCCACGAAGUUGCUGCUGUGGACCAAGCCUACGAGGAAAUCAAGGAGAAGCUGAGUGACUGGAUCUCAGAACUUCAGGGGAGGUCAGAGAACAUCGAGGACCUGGUGUCUGAGCUUGAACUGGCUUACAACUCUGUAGAGGACCAGUGUGUGGAGAGCGAGGCAGCGAUGCGGGUGCAGAAUGAGGAGAUGAUGGCUCUGGUGAUGGAGCAGUACAACGACAUGUCUGUCAGCAUGGAAGAGGAGAAGAAGGCCAAGCUGGAGCAGCUAUAUGACCAGAUUGUCUCCUUCCAGGAGAGCAUCGACUUCACCAAAGCCACUCUGGAGACCACGGCCAGAGAGGCUGACACUGACGCACGGUCACCUGAAGACAUUCAUGCAAGUCUAAAGGCAGCUCUGGACUCAGCCAUGUCACUGGAGCUGGGUCCCAAGGGACUGCUGGUGUUCGAGGACUAUGCCAAGGGCAACACUUCCAGCUCUCACCUCGCACAGCGCAAGGGAAUCCCAGUGCCUCAGAGACCUACGCUGCAGCCUCAGGAGUCAGGCUCAGCCACCAGCACUAGUGUCACCGUUUACUGGAGGGUCAACCCUGGAGAUAUCAUAGACUGCUUCCAGGUCUACUGCAUGGAGGAUCCACAAGGAGCUGUGUCAGAGGAGUACCGUGUGACAGUGAAGGAGAGUUAUUGUGUCCUGGAGGAGCUGGAGCCUGACAGGACAUACAAGGUGUGGGUGAUGGCUGUCAACUAUACAGGCUGCUCUCUGCCCAGCGAGAGACUCUCCUUCAGAACUGCUCCAUCAGUGCCAGUGAUUGACACCGAGCGCUGUACUGUCAUGUGGGAUUCAGCCACGCUGCGGUGGAGCUCAGCAAGUCAGACUCCCGAACACAGUUACACCCUAGAGUACUGUCGCCAGUAUGAACUGGAGGGAGAGGGGCUCAGGUCCCUCACAGGCAUCAAAAGCUGUGAACAGAGGGUUCUCCUGCAGCCCAAUGAGAAUUAUCUGUUUUACAUCAAAGCUGUGAACGAGUCUGGAGCCAGCGAACAGAGCGAGGCUGCCCUCAUUUCCACCAAAGGUACAAGGUUCCACCUGCUGAAAGCCUCAGCUCACCCUGCCCUGGAGCUGUCAGUGGACCAGACCACCCUCCACUACUCUCAGGACGCACAUAAAAACACACCAUCUACAGACAAUGAGUGUCCAUCCAUCCUGGGUGAGUUGUUGCCGGCACAAGGGCAUUACUACUGGGAGACCCUUGUGUCAGGAAGCACAGCUUACAGGCUAGGAGUGGCAUACAGCACAGCCAAUAGAAGCAGCCCACUCGGGGAAAACAGCCUGUCAUGGUGUUUGCAGUGUAUUCCUACACCAUCAGGCUGCAGGUAUCAGCUGCUCCACAAUGAAGUCCAGUCCAGUGUGUUUGUGAUUGAGAUGCCUGAGCGAGUGGGUACUCUCCUGGAUUACCAGCGUGGUCGUUUAUCUUUCUACAAUGCCCAAAGUGGUCAGUUGUUAGGCACUUUCUGCCAGCGCUUCACCCAGCCGUGCCACCCUACCCUGGCCCUGGAGAUGCCCGGCAGCCUGGAGGUCAGCAUGGUGCUGGAGGUGCCGGAGUUUACCAAGGACAGCUAGCUCUGCUAUCUGCCUCACACACUGAGGAGUUUACAGUUCAUGUUGGACAUAUUUUAAUUUGAAUGUUCUUACUGUAUUAUAAUUGAUGACCACCAUUGCAUUACUGAGAAAGGUGCAGAUAUGGCAGGACAUAAAAUAUACAAAUAUCAGAAGACAUGCUGGGUCCUAUUCUUUUAAAGAGGCCUCAUUGAUGGGUUUGUGUGUUCUAGUGAGAUCCAACCAUAUUGCAAUCAAACACACACUGUAUCAUUACUGAGACAAACAAUAGAGUCUGUCAUCACGAAGUUUAGACACUGAGUUUAUAGCUCCAAGAGACAUACUGUGGCACUUUUGAACUGCAUUUCAUAUUGUGAAUGUGUGUAAAUAACCUUUGUAAACAGAUGUGAUCUCUUCUAUAUUUAAUGUGUGAUUCGCAACAAGUGGAGAUGGCCUGUUUUCCUUUCUUUGUCUUGUAAACUGAUUUUCACGUCUGAGUUUGAAUGAACAUGUUUAUUUUUCUAUUUGCAAAAA